AGAAAGAGAGCGUGCGCUUUGCCGUCCCGCUGCCACGUGGGCCCCGCCAGCCAGGAUCAAACCCUAUCCCCCUCUUCCUCUCCGCCCUUCGGUCUUGGCGGCUCGGUGCUUUGCGUCUCUCUCUCAGUCCCAGUCGCCGGCGCGGCCGCAGAAUCCGAGAUUAGGGGCUGCCGUCGACAACAAGAAGGUGGCGAUGAUGGCUUGCCGGCUGCGGUUCCACCAGCUUAGGCUGGUUGGAGUCCGGCCCACCUGCUGCUCUCCGUCCAGGCAGUUCGCGGCCGUCAAAUCCCAGAAAAUCCAGCCCCCCAAGAAGAAAAAGCGAUUGGAUGAGGCGUGCCUUGAGAGGUAUCAACAAUACAGUAGAACGUACAUCCAGUCAUGGAUUCUUCAGGGUAAGGUCCAUGUGAAUGGAAGAGUCGUGAACAAAGCUGGAACGCAAGUAUCUGACAAGUCGGUCAUAGAAAUCAAGGCGGAAAUCCCGAAAUAUGUAUGUAGGGCUGGGCAUAAGCUUGAGGCAGCUAUCAAAGAAUUUGGCGUGGACUGUGAUGGAAAGGUAGCCCUUGAUUCAGGGCUGUCUACAGGUGGUUUUACUGACUGCUUACUUCAGCAUGGGGCAUCACAUGUGUACGGUGUUGAUGUUGGCUAUGGACAGGUGGCUGAAAAAAUCCGUGUGCAUGAACAUGUCUCAGUAAUUGAACGGACAAAUUUAAGACAUCUUCCUAAGCUGCCACAAUUGGUUGACUUGGUGACACUGGACCUAUCAUUCAUCUCAAUUCUUGUGGUUAUGCCUGCUGUGGUGAAAGUAAUGAAGACCGAGUCAACAUUGAUAACACUUAUCAAACCCCAAUUUGAAGCUCGUAGAUCUCAGGUAGGAAAAGGUGGGAUUGUUCGUGACCCUCUGGUUCAUAAGGAGGUGUUAGAUAGGAUAAUUUCAGGCAUUGAGCAGUUUGGAUUCCGCAAUGAGGGCUGGAUUGAGUCUCCGCUGAAGGGCGCAGAAGGGAACAUAGAGUUUCUUGCCUGCUUCCAGAGGAUCCAAUUCCAGAGCCACAAGCAGAGGGAGAGGCAGAUGCAGAGCCAGAGGGAGAGGGAGUGGCAGAAGCAGUGGCGGAGACGGUGGCGGAGCCGGAGCCGGAGCCAAAGGAAACAUGAUUAUUAUUAUGUCCAUGGCAUGGCAAGUUUUUUUUUAGAGAAUAGCUGGAGAAUUCUGAUUGAUCUGUAACCAAGGAAGUUAUAGGAGAUUAGCAUGCUGUGAUAUGAGAUAUCUCCUUUGCUGUAACCGAGCUCGUCACAAGGAAUUAGAAGAUUUCCACAAUCAAGUUAUACUGGGAUUUUUUUGCAUAUGAUCAGAAUUGCAUUGUGCAAGACCGACAAAGCAGAUCCAGACAUGACAGUCAGGUACUCAAUUGUGUACAAAAUUGAAAUGGAAUGAUUUUUUUUAGCUCCAGAGAUAUAUUUUGUUUUAUCUCGGCAAAAGGGCUGGGCCUGCUGUUCACUGAGAAGGUAGAACACAGUUCUGCUUACAGUCUUGUACUUUUUGUGAAUCUAAUGAAAAGAUUUGAAAUGAAAAAUUGUUCAAGAUGA